UGUUUGUGUGGACGAAAAGAAGGACCGUUCCAGAAAUGCUUCUCCAAACUUCAGUAAUGAACCUGGACCCUCAGACACAAACUCUGCAGAGUCUCAAGGAUCCAGCUGUCCAUCUAUUAGGAGUAAGAGUCUUCCGCCAGACUUCGGUAAUGAACAUGGACACUCGGACACAAAAGAGACGAAGAGGAGUCAUGUUUCUGUGGAGGAGCAGCUGUCCUGCUGUACUUUGUGUCAGGAAGACCUGAAGGAUCCAGUCUCUACCAGCUGUGGACACUGGUUCUGCAGACAGUGCAUCACCUCAUACUGGGACCAGUCAGCUUCAUCAGGAGACUCUUCCUGUCCCCAAUGUGGAGAAAGAUCCAGAACAAGACCUGGACUGCAGCCAGCCAGCCAGACCACCGCUGUACAAAUGAGUGAUGGUCUGCAGGAGGUUUUAGAUGAACAUAAGACCAGUCUGAAGGCGAGAUAUGAAUGUGUGAAUGAAGGAAGUGAUGAAGCAGGGAGUGGAACACUCCUCAACAGGAUCUUCACUGAGCUCUACAUCACAGAGGGACAGAGUGAAGAAGUUAAUACCCAACAUGAGGUGAGGCAGCUUGAAACAGCUUCCAAGAGGGAGACCCUUCAUGACACUCCGAUCAAGUGCCACGACAUCUUUAAAGAUUUACCCGACCAACAGGGACGCAUCAGAGUCGUUCUGACAAAUGGCAUCGCCGGCAUUGGAAAAACCUUCUCAGUGCAGAAGUUCACUCUGGACUGGGCAGAGGGCUUGGAAAACCAAGAUGUCAGUCUGGUGGUUCUGCUCUCGUUCAGGGAGCUCAACUUGAUCAAAAACGAGCAGCACAGUCUUCUCACGCUGCUCCAUGUUUUCCAUCCAACAUUGCAGAAGGUCACAGCAGAAGAGCUCGCUGUCUGUAAACUUCUGUUCAUCUUUGACGGCCUAGAUGAAAGCAGACUUUCACUGGAUUUCAACAACAAAGAGGUCGUGUCUGAUAUCACACAGAAGUCAUCAGUCAACGUGCUCUUGACAAACCUCAUCAAGGGGAAUAUGCUUCCCUCGGCUCUCAUCUGGAUAACUUCCAGACCUGCUGCAGCCAGACAGGUCCCUGCUUCACAUGUUGACAGGGUAACAGAAGUACGAGGCUUCACUGACGCUCAGAAGGAGGAGUACUUCAGGAAGAGCGUCAGUGAUGAAGAUCUGUCCAGCAGAAUCACCUCACACAUCAAGACCUCUAGGAGCCUUCAUAUCAUGUGCCUGAUCCCAGUCUUCUGCUGGAUGACUGCUACAGUUCUAGACCACAUGUUCGUUACAGACCAGAGGGGAGAGCUGCCCAAGACCCUGACUGACCUGUACUCACACUUCCUGCUGGUUCAGACAAAGAGGAAGAAGCAGAAAUUUGAUGAGGGACAUGAGGCUAGUCCACAGGAGCUGAUGGAGGCUGACAGGGAGAUUCUUCUGAAGCUGGGGAGGCUGGCGUUUAAACAGCUGGAGAAAGGAAACAUCAUGUUCUACCAAGAAGACCUGGAGGAGUGUGGUCUUGAUUUCACAGAGGCCUUAGUCCCAGAAAUUUGUACAGAGAUCUUCAAAAGAGAGAGUGUGAUUUUGCAGAAAACACUCUACUGCUUUAUUCAUCUGAGCAUUCAGGAGUUUCUGGCUGCAGUCUACAUGCUCCACUGUUACACCAGCAAGAACACAGAGGUACUGAAGGACUUCCUGGGUCCAGUCUUUUUUUCCGUGGAGAUGCCUUUGAAUGUGUUCCUGAGGAAAGCCAUGGAGAAAUCCCUUGAAAGUAAAAAUGGUCACCUGGAUCUGUUUGUUCGCUUCCUUCAUGGCCUGUCUCUGGAGUCCAACCAGAAACUCUUAGAAGGUCUUCUGGAUCAGAUGAACAACAGUCCAGAAAUCAUCCAGGGAUCCAUCAACAAUCUGAAGAUGAUGACCAGUGAUGAUAUCUCUCCUGACAGAAGCAUCAACAUCUUCCACUGUCUGAUGGAGAUGAAUGACCGCUCAGUCUAUCAGGAGAUCCAAGAGUUCCUAAAAUCAAAGGACAGAUCAGAGAAGAAACUCUCUGAGAUCCACUGCUCAGCUCUGGCCUACAUCCUGCAGAUAUCAGAGGAGGUUCUGGAUGAAGUUCACCUGGAAAAGUACAACACAUCAGGCCAGGGACGACUAAGGCUGAUUCCAGCUGUUAAGAACUGCAGAAAGGCCGUGUAA